AUGACAAACGUACUCAUCACUGGCGGCUCAGGCUAUCUUGGUGGAUCGCUACUUGCAUCAUGGGCGGAUGCAAACAUUGAGGGUUAUGACAAGCUGUACGCACUGGUGCGAUCCGACUCGCAAGCUGCCGCAGUAAAGUCGCUCUACGGCGCUGAGCCUGUCAGAUGUAGUCUUGAGGAAGGCGAUAUCAGGAGUCUGGUCGUGGACAACGGCAUCGCCGUGGUAUUUUACCUGAUUGAUGCCUACCGUGCCGAGCGACCCGUCAGCUUCAUCAAGGCUCUUGCUGAAGUUAAGAAAGCAACUGGGCGAGAAGUACACUUUGUCUACACGACAGGGACGAAGCAGUUUUCUGAGCAUGCCGGUGCGCCGACAGACAAGCCACUUCUGGACACGGAUCCCAAUCUGUAUGACAUCCAGAGAGGCCAAAAGGCGCCAGUUGAGGAGAUGGAGGUGGCUAUAGCCACCAAUUGCGCAGUAAUUGAUGACGGCGAGAAGUUCGACGUCAGGGUGUACCUCUUUUCACCCUGUAUUGUGUACGGUAAGGGACUGGGCUUUGGGAACCUAAUUUCCAUCCAAACGGUGGAUGUGGUCACCGCAGCGAAAGGGGCAGGACGCGUGUACCGGAUUGGGCCCGAAGGACAGACAUGGCCGGUGUGCCACAUAUCCGACAACACGUCGCUCUACAUCGCGCUGGCCAGAGCCAUUUUGAGCGGCUCCAACCCCGAUCAUGGGAAGCUCGGUUACUACCUAGCUUCCUCAGGCUCAGCCAGCUGGGAUGACAUUUACGCGGCUGUGGCUAAAGCAAUGGCGAAACGGGGUGUCAUUGAUGAUGACACAGUCGCACCCGUCACAGAUGAAGCGUUGAUGAAGAUGUCCGAUGCGUUGAAUGUAGAGCCGGCGUCGGCGGUGUCCAAAGUUGGUGGAAAAUCGACGUAUACUCCCGGGCAUGGGAGAAAGCUGGGUUGGAGCCCGCGAUUUCCACCAAGUCAUAUCGUUGACUCCUUGGACGAUGAAGUUGAACUCAUCUUGGAGAGUUGGACCACCAAGCACCAAGGUAUUAGGUAG